ACCCCCAGUGCUCUGGGUAAUGGUUGAGCCUGGCGUAUGUUGCUCGGAGUUGGGGAAGAGGAAGUGCAGCUCUCUGUCUGUCUCUGUAGCGGAGUUCGGUCCUUUAUACUCUGAGUAUGGCUUAUCCUGGAUAUGGGGCGCAAUUUCCUCAGUAUGGUGGUGCACCAGGAGCACCUGGUGGUGCAGGAUAUCCUGGAGCUGGGGGUCCAGGAUAUCCAGGAGCUCCUGGAGGUGGAGGUUAUGGUGCAUUCCCGGGCCAACAGCAGGACCCACUCUAUGGAUACUUUGCUGCAGUAGCUGGUCAAGAUGGUCAGAUAGAUGCUGAGGAACUUCAGAGAUGUCUUACUCAAUCUGGCAUCAGCGGCACCUACAAACCAUUCAGCAUGGAGACCUGCAGGCUAAUGAUUUCCAUGUUAGAUCGAGAUAUGUCUGGUACAAUGGGUUUUCCAGAAUUCAAAGAGCUGUGGACAGUUUUGAGUAACUGGCGGCAGAACUUUUCUACUUUUGACCGAGACAGGAGUGGAACUGUAGAACCCCAGGAACUACAACAAGCUAUUGGUGCCAUGGGGUACAGAUUGUCUCCUCAAAGUUUGAAUGGAAUUGUAAAGCGAUAUAGCACCCAUGGGAAGAUCUCCUUUGAUGAUUAUGUAGCUUGUUGUGUGAGACUCCGUGCUCUGACAGAGGCCUUCAGAAGACGAGAUGCUUCCCAACAAGGGGUUGUUAAUUUUGCAUAUGAUGAUUUCAUCAUGUGCACCAUGACUAUUUAACUGAACCGGAUUGAAAAGAAAACUGUAGUUUCCAAAAGAACUUAACCUCUUUGAGUGCCCAAUCUAAUAACCAGCUGCAAAGUUAUGCAAUGUUAUACGAUAUGUAUGUAAAGAGAAGUGCAUGAUCUGGAAUGAGAGUUUUGGCUGAUUAUAUAAUGCUGCACUAAACUGCUGUUAAAUCAGUUAAUUUUUUUAAAAUAAUGAUGGAUAUUGAUUUUUGUACUGACUUCUGCCAAAUAAUGCUUGGUUUGAUAUUGAAUUUUUUGCAAGCUUAUGAGUACAAAAGAUGUAGCUUCCCUAAUGAUGGUAUUGAUUUCUAAUACAUACAUAGUACAAACCCAAAUGUUGCAUGUUUGGUCUGUAAUAAUUGAAGUAUGCAUGUCAUUAGAAUGUAUCGUAGAACAAAAACCAUCCUCCUUUUGCAGAUGACACUUACAUCAAUGUUCUUCCUAAUUUAUGCAUAAGUAUGUGGACAUGUUGGAUAUCUUUUACACUGCAUCUAUAAUGCCUUUCACCAGGUACUUAUUUGACUGUUGGUUAUCUGGCAUUGGGUCUGAAGAUUUUAGGUUUAAGCACCCCCUCUUCCAAAAUAGCGAGUGAGAUUAAAGUUUCAGCCUAAUUGUAGUGCCAAGGAAUGGCUGUACUGUCAGUUAUGAUUUUAAAUUGAGAUAUUUGAGCUAAAGAUUGAAUUGUGCCAAAAAGUCAGUUUUUGUUGCAGAAAGAAUCACAUGAAAUAGAUCUCAACUCUAAUAAAAACUGAAAGAACUGUGGCUGCUAUAAAUUAGAAACAGAAACAGAAAUUGCCGGAAAACUUCAGGCCUGGCAGCAUCUGUGGAGAGAAAUCAAAGUUAACGUUUCGGGUCACGUAACCCUUCCUUAGAACUCAGAUCUUAACUCAAGUUUGUCACUUGUGUGAUUCUUAGUCAGGGAGGGGAGUCUGUAGUGCCCAUAAUAUGAUAUUAAGCAAACAAAAAACCAGCUGACGUAAAAGCUUUUCAACUUAACUAUCCUAAGUCAAAAGUUGAUUUUUGUAUCUCCCAUACUUCAGAGGAUGUAAAAACAGUGCAAAGUCCAUUUUUAAAAAAAAACAAUUGCUACUACUACAUGACACAGGCUUCCUCGGCGUGGUCCCGCAGCCUUGAGGAAAUCACCCAUGUUAAUAAGUAGACCUCAAGAGAAAAUUGAACUGCAGCCUCCAAACAUCACUUAAUAUCAGGGUUGGUUUGUAAUCUGCAGCUCCCCAAUUUUGAGAAUGUCCAGUGGCAGGAAUGGUCUGCCAGUGUACUACUGCUACUUCAGGUGCUUUGUGGUCCUCCCAAGUGGAUUCAGCAAUUUAGUGACAAUGAGAAUAAAACUGGUAACUUUCUUCUUUCUCCAUUUUAAGAGUUUAAAAUUCAGUAGUUUGGUGAAAAGAUUAAUAAGGUAGCUCACUGGGCGACUUAAUUACCUGAAGCCUGAACAGGGCCUCAAAUAAGGUGUUAAUUACCAUUGAAGCUUAACUGGUCUCAUCAUGUUGUGUAAUCAUCAUCAUUAUGUGAAAGAGGAUAGACGUUCAAUAUCUAAUUUUUAAAUCUCAGUUUAAAAACUGAGCAUGCAAAAGAUGCCUCAUUACAUUCCAGCACAGUCUGCAACCUUCUGGCCUUGCAUAUCCACAGUCUACCAUUCCCAUCAACGAGGAGUGCAGGUGGAUACAGCAGGAACAGCAGCAAAAGUAAGUAGCAACCUGGUGAAGCUACGCCACAGAACUAGUUGCAUGCAAAACAGCAAGUGACAGACAGCGCUAAGAUUCCACAACCAGUAGAUCAGAUCUUAAGUUCUGCAGUAAUGCCACAUUCCACUGAAAUGUAACAAACAAUUUAGGCAAUUUGUACGUUCUCAUCCUCAUUCUAAUGAUUGGGAUUACAUCAGUGAAAACAAUAAGGCUGAAGGAUUUGCAAUAAUCCUCAUUAGUACUGAAUGGAUGAUUCAUCUCAAACUCCUCCAGCAGCCAAGAGGGGCACAGAUGCCAGUCUUCAGCCAAUUCUAUUCAUAUGAGACAAACAGCUGAAGGCACUAGCUACAGCAAAGGCAGUUGAUUAUAACUAUCAGAUGACAGAAGAAUUUAAAGAUUAGUCAACUUUCACAUAGCAUUGUCUUAACAUUACUUAAAGCAUGGAUACAAAAAACAGAAGUUGCUGGAAAAGCUGAGCAGGUCUGGCAGCAUCUGUGAAGAAAAAAAUCAGUAAUGUUUCAGGUCUGAUGACCCUUCCUCAGAACUACAAUUUGAUUCAGUAUGGAAUCACAAGCUUCUAUGAUGUAAUAGGUGUAAAGAAUGAAAACAAAAUUCUACAGUAACUAUUCUAUAUUCCAGAACUGAUUCUGCAGUCACUUCUGCAGAAGCAGAAAUAAAUAUCUAGAGAAAAUCUAAGAAAUGAAUGCCUGGGAAAGAAAGCAAAUCAUUAAUUGUCAAAUUCCACCAUUCUUCAAUGAAGUCCUAAAGCAUUUGUGAAAGAGUAAAUAUGGACAGAAGAAGAAUGCUGUUGAAUCACUCCUACUCACAAACCAGAAGAUUUCUCCAUAAACAAGUUAAGGUGGGUUUCCUACCCACUUUACUGAAGGAAACAAAUAGUGCAUUUGGAUUAUCAACAUUGGUGAUACACAGAGAUCAUCCCUCUGUGUUUGAACAAGAAUUUAACUCUUCAAAGUUUUCAGAUGAUACCACUGACACCAGCAAAAUGAAUGAAGAAAGAGUGUCUGCAAACUCAUCAUUGAUAUGCUCAGCUCAUGCAGAAAGACACCUAACAAAGAUGCUCCCUGGUAUAAGAACUUAUGGACAUUUAGAAUGGUUCCAUUAUGAAUUACCAGUACCCCUCUAUCCCUCCUUCUGGGAUGUUCUCACCAGCAAAGAUGACUCCAGCUCCCCUGAACAAAGUUCUCCGGCAAUGGAAAUGAACAUUAAAGGCAACAGUAACAACUGUAUUUCAGUUCCUCCAAUUUUAACAAUUUCUACACCAUACAAGUGCAGCAGCAUUGUUCAAACAAAAGCACAGAAGCCAACUUCAUCUCCAUUCCUCAUAAAUGAUUACAAAUGUGUGAAUUUUGAGCCACCCCUGACACCAUACUGGAAGCAAGAAAUCUUCAUCCCACGUCCACUCAAAGAAGCAAAAUAUAAAAUUCAAUGGAUUGUUCAGUACAAAAAGAUGAUAAAAUAGCCAUAAAUACCUAGUAAUCUAUGAGCAGAAUUCUGGAAAACAACAUGGAAACAAAGCAAUAUCAAUAUUUAUUAAAAAUUUCCAAGAAAAAUUUCAAGGGUACAUAGAUUGGCCUGUUGUACAAUGUGUUAGACCUGAUACAUUGUAAGUAGUUGCCCAUCCCCUCUGAUCUGCAGUUGAUGCAUUUUAUUUUCAUUCAUUUAUAAAUAAUCACAAAGUGAAUUCAAUACUGAAGUUGUCAGGUGAAAAAGUCAGGUUUCUUGCAGCUUCUGCUGUUGGGCAUCGUUUUCACUUGUAGGAAUUUGCUUUAUGUUUAGGCAGGAAACUGAAAUUAGGAGGAACUGGUCCCAACAGCAUUUCACUAAAAUCAAGGUAAAAUUCACAAGUCUUAGAAUAAGUGAUUAUGCACAAGUUUUUGUACUUUUUAAAAACACAAGUUCAACUUUCCUUUAUUAAACUGUAGUCCUGUAAAAAUCAAGAAA